GCUCACGUGACCAUUGACGUCACCGAGGAAAUGGCAGCCUCCUGCUUUGUGAACUGACACAAGGUUUUCGAGCUAGUAAACAAAAAGCGCUUGGGUUUCUAACGCUGGAAAAAUUCUUUAAAGGCAAAGACUCAGCUAUGUCUCCAAAGAUCACCGGAGAGCUCCUCCAGCUGCUUCGGCAGGCAAUGAAGAACUGUAAAUACUUCUCAGAGCCCAUACAGGCUUACAUAGUCCCAUCAGGAGAUGCACAUCAGAGUGAAUACAUCGCACCGUGUGACUGCAGACGUGAAUAUAUCUCUGGCUUCAAUGGUUCUGCUGGAACAGCCAUCAUCACAGAGCAGCACGCUGCCAUGUGGACCGAUGGCCGGUAUUUCCUCCAGGCCAGCCAGCAGAUGGACAACAACUGGACUCUUAUGAAGAUGGGACUGAAGAAGACGCCGUCUCAGGAGGACUGGCUGAUCAGUGUCCUACCAGAGAACUCCAAAGUGGGGGUGGACCCUUGGAUUAUUGCUGCAGAUCAGUGGAAGAACAUGUCCAAGGCCCUGAGCAGUGCUGGCCACUCUCUGGUGGCGGUGCAGGACAAUCUGAUCGAUGUAGUCUGGACAGACCGACCAGAGAGACCGAGCAAACAACUCCGGACUCUGGGAUUAGAAUACACCGGUAUUUCCUGGCAGGAAAAGAUCUCCUCGCUGCGAGCCAAGAUGACAGAGAGGAAGAUCGUCUGGUUUGUUGCCACGGCGCUGGAUGAGAUCGCUUGGCUUUUUAACCUCCGAGGCGCAGAUAUUAAUUACAACCCAGUCUUCUUUGCUUAUGCCAUUGUAGGGAUGACCUCCAUCAGGCUGUUUGUGGACCUUAAGCGUCUCUCUGACCCUACGGUGAGGGACCACCUGCAGCUGGACUCUCCCAGCAGACCGGAGCUGCACAUCCAGACGUUCCCGUACGAGUCAGUCUACACGGAGCUGCAGGCGAUCUGCGCCGCACUCGGACCCAAAGACAAAGUGUGGAUCUGUGACAAGGCCAGCUGUGCUCUCACACAGGUCAUCCCAAAGGUCCACAGGUCUCCGAUCCCUUACACGCCACUCUGUCUCUCUAAGGCUGUGAAGAACACCACGGAGAUCCAAGGCAUGAAAAUGGCGCAUAUCAAGGAUGCAGUGGCCCUUUGUGAGCUGUUUGCUUGGUUGGAAAAAGAGAUUCCAAAAGGCAACGUGACAGAGAUCUCUGCAGCCGAUAAAGCUGAAGGAUUACGCAGUCAACAGAAAGAUUUUGUUGGCCUGAGCUUCCCCACGAUCUCCAGCGUGGGUCCAAAUGGAGCGAUCAUACAUUACAGACCGCUGCCUGAAACCAACAGAACUCUCACAGUGAAUGAAGUCUAUCUGAUUGAUUCUGGAGCGCAGUACAUAGAUGGAACUACAGACGUGACACGCACCGUUCACUUUGGAACGCCGUCGGCUUUUGAGAAGGAAAGUUUUACUUAUGUUCUGAAGGGACACAUAGCUGUCAGUGCUGCGGUUUUCCCUAAUGGAACAAAAGGCCACCUGUUGGAUUCAUUUGCCCGUGCGGCUCUGUGGGAGGCAGGACUGGACUACCUUCAUGGAACGGGUCACGGUGUCGGCUGCUUCCUCAACGUCCACGAAGGUCCCUGUGGCAUCAGCUACAAGACCUUCGCUGAUGAACCUCUGGAGGCUGGCAUGAUCGUCAGUGAUGAACCCGGGUACUAUGAAGAUGGGUCAUUCGGUAUUCGCAUUGAAAACGUGGUCCUUGUUGUUCCAGCAACCUCCAAAUACAACUACAGGAACCGGGGCAGUCUGACAUUUGAGCCUCUGACUUUGGUCCCGAUCCAAAUGAAAAUGAUGAACACGGAGCUGCUCACUCAGAAGGAAAAAGACUGGGUGAACGAGUACCACAGGAAGUGCCGGGAUGUGAUUGGAUUGGAGCUGGAGAGGCAGGGCAGGAUGGAGGCGUUGGAGUGGCUGAUCAGAGAGACUCAGCCAAUAAUCUGAGAACUUUUACAAUCUGAUUACGCAGGAGUGCUGACAGAUCGCUCUACAUUGAUAAUCGUUUGUACGUUUUCUGCUCUGUCUCUGCUUGUCUUUUUAAAGCACAUCUCAUCUGCAGUUUAUUAAAGAUUGAAUGAAUCAAACGUUUUUUUUUUUCUAUUUUGUGCCUGAAAACAAAUGUGAUUAAAAUGUGUGCUUUUGAAGGAUUUUGUAAAUCAUUUCCAUUAAAGAUCCACUGUGUGAAACGUA